UCGGCCCCGUUUUGUUUCCGUUGUUUCCGUUGUGCAGGCGAGCCAUCUUGCCUUAGACGCCGAUCGUUAUUAGUCUGCGUAUUUUAGUGAAGUUUGCACAUUAAUACGUUGUGCAACGAUCAAUUAACGAACCACGAUCAAGAACUAAACACUCAGAAUGAGCACCCGAGUAUUCGUUGGUGGAUUAACAUACCGGGUGCGAGAGCGCGACCUUGAGAAGUUCUUCCGGAAAUAUGGUAGAAUCAAGGAGGUCGCUAUGAAGAACGGAUUUGCCUUUGUGGAAUUUGACGACUACAGAGAUGCUGAUGACGCAGUCUAUGAACUGAAUGGAAAAGAGCUUCUAGGAGAAAGAAUUACUGUAGAGAGGGCCCGGGGGACACCUAGGGGUAGUGACCAGUGGCGCUAUGGUGACUCCCGUGGUGGUUAUGGGGACUCGAGGCGAUCUGCCCGAGACGAUAUGAGACACGACAGAGAUAGUGUGAACAGAAACACGAGGACCGCAUCUAGCUACAAGCAAUCAUUGCCCAGAUAUGGACCACCUACCCGUACAGAGUAUCGUCUUACAGUGGAGAAUCUAUCGAGCCGUGUCAGCUGGCAGGAUUUGAAGGAUUACAUGAGACAAGCUGGAGAAGUGACAUAUGCCGAUGCACACAAACAGCGUAGAAACGAAGGUGUUGUCGAAUUUGCCACAUACUCUGAUUUGAAGAACGCAAUUGACAAGCUUGACGACACGGAAUUAAACGGACGUCGAAUUCGGCUGAUUGAAGACAAAAGAAGAGGACGCCGUUCCAGAUCAUCAAGCUCGCGAUCUCGUUCACGCUCCAGGUCCCGCUCCCGACGUCGUUCCCGUUCUCGCUCAAGGAGUCGCCGCAGCUCACGUAGCCGUAGCCGACGCAGCAGCCGUUCCAAGUCCAGGGCACAUUCGAAAUCCAAAUCAAAGUCCAAAUCCAAGUCUCCUGAGCACAGCCGCUCUCGUUCCAAGUCCAAAUCAAGAGACCGCUCAAAGUCCAAAUCUAAGUCAAAGUCCAUAUCCAGAUCUCGUUCUAGGUCCAAGGCUGAGAGGUCUAAGUCCAGGUCGCAGUCCAAAUCCAAAGCCAAGUCCCCCUCAAAGGACAGGUCGAGUCACGAACGAUCAAGGGGCGACAGAUCCAGGUCACGAUCAAUUAGCAAACACAGCAAAUCUCACAGUCGUUCUCGUUCGCCAAUGAAUGGUGACAAAUCGCCGGAAAAAGAGAAAGACGAUUGAACAUUAUCCGUCCCUCUCUAGAUCAUCGUACCGCACCGAUACAAUAUUCCGUUUGAAUUACAAUAUUGGACCUGUGCGCAUCGCAAGAUGGCUUGGAGCGUAUCGUUGUGUUUUUUUAAUACUAUACUUGAUUAAAUCCAAGAAGCCACUUUUCAAUCAUUUUCCACUGUAACAUUGUCUGUGUAUGUUACGUAUUUUGUUAAAACUUAUCAGGACAUGAAAUCACUCAAAAAAAAAAUAUUACGAACAGACUAAUUAUAAUGAUAAUCAGAUAUUACCGAUAACUUAAUCUUUUUUUCAUUUUAUAAAACCAAUUCACGUUAUUUGGUUGCCUCCAAUAUCGUGAAACAGUAUGAGCUCUGUUGGAACACCGUGUUUUUAUUUUGUACCUGUGAGUCCAAUUCUGUGCACGUUUUGUGUACCACCACAAACAAUAUAAGAUAGGUAUUCAAUGGCUUUUUGUAUAUAUUCUUAAUAAUUACAUUACCGUAAGAAAAUAAUGAUAUGUGACGUGUAACAAAUUUAGGAGUAAUUCUUACUAUCAAUAAAGACACCCAAAGCCGGAUAA